GCACUAAACAACCUCAUAAUGGAGAUCGCAAAACUUAGUGCUGCGCUUGAGCGCAUUCAUGUUACAGAUGAAAAUGAAGAUCCACUCUCAGCUGCUACCGAUGGCCGCACAUCACAAAAGGCCUCAAACUCGAAAACAGCAACAAAGCUAUCGUCCAAGACCAAACUAUCGUCCUCCACUUCCAAAGCAAAUCGAACGAGGCCUGCUCUUCAACCAUUAGCUUUACAGAAGCUCGCAAUCGCAAACGCAACGAAGCUCUCUACCAAUCUCUCUAGAGUCACUGUUACAACAACCCUAGGUCAAUCCUCGAGGAUCAGCGCAACACAUUACCAUAUAGCGACGGAAUCAGCAUUGAUCCCGUCGGUGCCGAGGGCAUGGCACCUCGGAAUGUUCGACAUUGGCAAACCUCUAGGAAAAGGCAAAUUCGGCCGUGUAUACCUCGCCAGAGAGAAAACAUCGGGGUUCGUCUGCGCCCUCAAAGUUCUGCACAAAGCAGAAAUCCAGCAAGAAGGGUUCGAGAAGCAAGUGAGGCGAGAGAUUGAGAUUCAAUCGCACCUAGCGCAUCCCAACCUUUUAAGCUUGUAUGGCCACUUCCAUGACUCUCGGCGCAUCUUUUUAAUUGUAGAAUUUGCUGGGCAAGGAGAGCUGUACAAGCACCUUCGGAAGGAACAACGCUUUCCUGAAAGGAAGGCCGCGCAGUAUAUUGCCCAAACAGCCUCGGCUCUCAAGUACUUGCACAGAAAGCACAUCAUACAUCGGGAUAUUAAACCCGAGAAUCUCCUUGUAGGUAUCUAUGGUGAGAUCAAGAUGAGCGAUUUUGGGUGGUCUGUUCAUACGCCUUAUGCACGUCGCACUACUUUGUGUGGUACUCUUGACUAUCUGCCCCCAGAGAUGUUGAGCAGUAUGGGCGUUUCCUACAGCAAACAGGUAGAUCUCUGGAGCUUGGGCGUCUUGAUGUACGAGUUUCUGGUUGGAGAGGCUCCAUUUGAGGAUUCAUUAGUGAUGACGAAGAGAAAGAUUGUUCGGGGAGAAUACUCAAUACCGAGUUUUGUCAGUUCAGAGGCCAAAGACCUGAUCAAGAGGUUGCUCGUACUCGACCCCGAGAAACGUAUACCAUUGGAGGAAAUCGAACGGCACCCUUGGAUCAUUAAGCAUUGUAAAAAGAGUACCGACUCGAAGGGUUGAAAUUACGAGGCUAUAUAUGAAUACAUUACGGGACAACAUGUGGGCGUUUGGUGGGAUUUAUUGGUCGAUUUAGCGAUGAUAUCCAUUACGCCUAAAUCGCAUGAGCAUUGAAUAGCUCGCGAGAUGAAAGGGGCGUUGAACUCGCGACAUUGUUUCAUACUUCCAGACAGUAAGAACUGAUGAUACCAAAAGCACUCUGCUCAGCCUCAAGGCUUUUACUAUACCCACGGGGUAUCGCGGUUCCCAACUAACAGUACUUGACGAGAGAUACGAUUUUCUAUAUUCAAGUGUCUGUGAAUUCUACAUAAAAGAUACGAAUUCCUGGGAGUAGCUGGCAAUGUAAAACCAAUGCAAGCCUUAAACGGCGAUCAUCAAG